AUGGCGCCUUCUAUCUUGGACGAUCCGGAAGGCUUACAACUCUUCAUGAAGGCUAAAGAGCUCGUCGCCAAUGGAGAAUUCAUCAAGGCCUUGGAGUUAAUCGAAGAUUUGAUGCUAGCUCAUAAGGAAGGCGAGGCCUCAUGGCUUCUUCAUGCUGAACAAGGUGAUCUGUUCAUGAAGAUAUCGGAAACAGCAGAGGACCCUGACUUGAGAACCGCAUACAUUUUGGCUAUCGUAGAAUGCUGCUCGCAAGAUGUGAAGCUCUCGCGACAUCGCGCACAAGGACUCUGCGAUUUGGGUCAUCGCCUUGGAUCAGUGAUGUUUUUCAAGGAAUGCUUGGAGGUAGCGAAACAGGGUUUAUCCUUCGCUGAUCACACAGAAUACACGAAUCCUCUUGCUCGAUUGCUCUCGCAAAACCUAGAAGUCGGCAAGAGGGAAGAUCUGGAGCGUUUAAUCGGAGAGGCAGAGUUCAUGAUCGCUGAAUCCAAGACUUCUCCUUUAACACAAUCCGAGGCAAAAGUUUUGGAUCCAAAGGAAAGUCCAGACCCGCGUGAGAACGUGGUGAAAACAUUGAAGGCGUAUUGGAUGGGUUUGGAUGCUCAGAGCAAAAGGGAUUUCAUGAAAGUAAGCAUUGAAAAGCUCAGAUUUUUUAUCGAGGGAGUGCAUAACAGAGAGGGAGUAGAUGCUUUGGAAAACGUUCUCGCUUUUGCCAGGGAACGCAAGAAAUGGUCAGUCUGGGCGUGUAGAACUUUAUGUUUGAUGGAGUUUUCUACUGCUGAAGAAUGCAAGACUCAUCUCGAGCAAGAACAUGCUGCAGAUUUUAAGCCUUGUUCGGAGAAGGAUAUAGUGGAGAGGAUAGGGAAAAAGUGGGCUCAUAAGAUUCCGGUUGGUGGCUGGGAACCAGUGGAUACAGUAGCUGCUGUUGAGAUGAUCAAGAACCAGCUCGCACAUGUGAAAGCGUUUACGUCUAAGUCUAAGAAGAAUGGUUGGUCCACUGAGUGGCCUUUAGCUGCAGAUGAAGAGCGUCUUAAUCUACUCCAGGAAAUCAAACUACUCCUUGUGUCGCUCUGUGACCGUAAACUUCUUUCCUGUAGCGUUCGAGACUGGGUGAUGCGUUUUCCGGCUAAGCAUCUUGGAAAGUUUGAAGUUUCCCGAGAGAGUCUUAUCGAUGUUCACCUAUUGGAUUCACCACAGAGCAUCUGUUUUCUGGAACGUCUUGACCUCAUUCAAAUCCGAAACCUUCUGAAAAACAUCAAGUGUGAAAGGCGUGAUGGUACAGAUAUGGUUUGCAGAGGAGUGGACAGUCUGCUGGAUCGUACUCGAGUUAAAGAGAACAUCGACUUUGACACUCACUAUUCGUUGGUGCUUCUGGAUAAAAGGCUGUUGAAAAGAAGUAAUGCUCCAUUCGAUGAUGAAGGGAAAAUCAAUUUGAUUGAUGAUCCGGAGACUCACUACGCCGAGGCAAAGGUGCAGGGAGAUGAUAUCAUUUCCUGGUUAGUUGACUACGAUUCAGUAGAUAAGAGCAUUUCUAGACCUGUCAGGGAACACAAUCUUGGAAUCUGGGUGGCUCUUCUGAGAGAUGUCCAGUACAGUUGUAGAGCACUGGGAACCAAAUAUGCAAAGAAAAGGCACGUCUUAGAUUACGAAGAAGCUCUUGCUGAAGUCGAGAAAUUGUGUACGAGUGAGGACGAAAGAAGACGGGAUCUUCAGGAAGACCAGUGGAAAAGCUAUGCAUCUCUUCUAUGCGAUAAAUGUGAAGAGAGAGUCCCUGGAAAUUCCCUCUCUGCAAAGUUAUUCUUGUGUGCAGUACGUGAUGUUUUAGACGGAGCAUGGCGUCUGACAUUUGAUUUCCCCGACUUAGAAGAUUGCCUAAAUCUUAUACGUGAGGGUAAAUGUUUCAGCGAUAAUAUGGUGUUGAUGUCCAUAGACUUUCUGAAAUCAAUGGUCACCGACAAGGUUCUGCUAAUCGAUUCAAAGAUAUUGCUGAUUGAUAAUUCCAGGAUUAGAUUGCUAAACAACCUCACAAGGCUUUCUGUUUUUGACCACCGCUCUUAUAUGCUUCAACUGCUGAAACCUUUCUUGCUGUUCGAAAUUGUAAAUAUGGAAUCCAAAGCCAAGGCAGAGGCAGCAGAAACAAUGCUUUUACUCAAUGAGGAGAAGUCACAGGCAAAAAAGAAGACUAGAAGCACCAAGAAUGAAAUUGUAAAUAUGGAGUCCAAAGCCAAGACAGAUCCAACAGAUGCAGCAGAAGCAAUGAUUUUAAUUAAUGGGGCGAAAAAGUCACAGGCACAAAAGAAGAAGAAAGCUAGUAGCAUCAAGAUAACUUCAACGAGCAGCUCUAGUCCCCUUUGUACGACUGUUAAACAUGAACAUUCUGUCAAGCCUGAACCAGAAGAAGGUUCUAUGGUUCCAGAAGAUACUCAAGAGGAACCUAAAAAAGUUGAUCGAUCGGAAAUUUCAUCCAACGCUGACAUUCAAGAGGAACCUAAUAAAGUUGACCAAGAUAUGCAAAACAUGCCUGGAGAAGAUUCACAGUCGGGACAUUUGGAGCAAGCAUUUGAAGGAGCUGCAGCCAGAUACAAUUCAGCUCUUGACAUGACGCUAAAGGCCCUCAUGAACAUUAACGUUCUUAAAGAAGAUUUACAGUACAACAAGCAACCAUUUCAUGACGACCUGGAAGAACAAGUUCCUUAUGCGCUACAAAAUUUAUUUUCUGCUGUUGUGUCAUGGGAAAUAAAAACCGAGGGAGUUUACAGUGUCAUUUUGAGCGACUUGCUUGCUUCUCUAGAAGAAGUUAUCCCCAUGUCGAGUAAUGCUGCUGAGGUGCUUCUAACCAUCCUUGAGUCUUGGCAUUGCUGGAAAAAUUCGGAAAGAAAAAGCCUGGUGACUCGCCUUUUUACGGUGGAAGAAUUUGAAUGGAUGAGGUGUAGAAAAUGCAGAAGGAGGCCAAAUCAUCCAGAGCAGAGUUCUUAUGGAAUUGUUAUGCCUGCAGAUUCAAUCAGAGACCUGAAGUGUGCUUUUGGGGAUAUAAAGUUUGUGGAUAUCCUUAAGCUGAUACGCUUGGAAUUGAAAAUGUUUUGUGACAUUGAAACUGGAGGCUGCGGAACGAGAAACUUUGUUCAACACGUUAUGAGUAGACGCCCGCUUAUCUUCACAAUCGUGUUAAAAUGGGAGAACGGUGAAACUGAAAAAGAAAUAUCUGAAACAACGAAUGCUUUGGAGUGGGAGAUAGAUAUCAGCAAGCUCUACGAAGGCUUGGACCCAAACACUAACUACCGGCUUGUGUCAAUGGUUGGUUAUAAUGAGGAAGUAGAAGAACACGUCUGCAUAGUUUAUGAAAAGAACCGGUGGGUCAAUCUCAGACGCGAGUCUUUAGAAGGAGAGGUUGUUGGUAACUGGAAGAGUGUGGUUAGAUUCUGUGGAGAAAGGAAGGUUAGGCCAGAGAUUCUGCUUUAUGAAGCUGCCCGAUCCAUUGCCUAA